AUUAACUGUUACGUCAUUGACGUGCGCAGCGUAUGAUUGAAUAUUCUCGCGAACACAACCAGCGGGCAAAUCACGGAUGUGGGCCGUGAAAUAUAGUUUUGUUGUUGUUUUUUGUUUUUUUAAAUGCGUGUAUUCAUUUAGUUACAUUUAAAAGUCGUCUUCUUAAAUCUGAGAUUUACUUCACUUUGCGUUCUGAACCCUGGUAUGUAGCCGGGGUUGACAGCGACGAAAAAUAAAAGCAACCAUUUUCUUCACGUCUCCAUUGUUGGAAUCAUGACAACCUUAACAAGGCAAGAUCUCAAUUUUGGACAAGUGGUUGCUGACAUUUUGUGCGAGUUCCUGGAAGUUGCCAUUCAUCUCAUCCUGUACGUCCGUGAAGUUUAUCCCUCGGGAAUAUUUCAGAAGAGAAAGAAGUACAACGUACCUGUGCAGAUGUCUUGUCACCCUGAGCUCAACCAGUACAUCCAAGAUACACUUCAUUGUAUAAAGCCGCUUAUUGAAAAAAAUGAUGCCGAGAAGGUGGUUGUCGUCAUCAUGGACAAGGAGCAUCAUCCAGUUGAGAGAUUUGUGUUUGAGAUAUCUCAACCGCCACUGCUCUCGAUCAGCUCUGACAAUUUACUGUCUCAUGUGGAGCAGCUGCUGAGGGCAUUCAUUCUUAAGAUCAGUGUGUGUGACGCUGUUUUGAACAAUAAUCCACAAGACUGUUCAUUCACAGUAUUAGUUCAUACGAGAAAUUCUGCCACACGCAACAUGGAGAAGGUUCAAGUCAUCAAGGAUUUCCCAUGGAUAGUUGCUGAUGAGCAAGAGGUCUACAUGCAGGAGCCCAGACUCAUCCCACUGAAGACCUUGACGUCCGACAUAGUGAAGAUGCAGCUGUAUGUGGAGGAACGAGCCCAGAAGAGGUAGCAGGAAUGAGCGACACACAAGGCCAAGUUGAUGGUACAGAUGUGAAGAAUGAAACGUUCCACGAGCAAGUACUGUAUAUCAUAUCUUUAAGUCACCAGUAAGCUUGGACAUGGACUAGAUUACAUUUGCAACACCAAUAUUUCUCAUGUUUUUGUCACAUGGUAGUCUUUUUUUAAUCAUUGAAACUUCAAAUUCACCAAUUGUUUAUUUAAAUUUCCAAUGCCACAGUGGCACAAAAUUCAUACCCAAUUUUGGAGUCUUGACAGUUGGAAAAUCAGGAGCAAAAUGUUUCUUUGUCAAUAAAUCAGUGGAAAUGUCA